AUGCCUUCCUUCCCCUCGGUGCCCUCAUGGGCUGGUCUUCCGAGUUUCGAGGAUCUUCAAAGGCACCUCUUGGGGGAAGCUCAAGACCCAGGUGCCGCGGAGUUUAGCCCAGGUGACGAAGGCAUCUUGCGCUACUUGAAAAGGGCCGAGCUGAACGGUCAGAAGGCGUUGGUGCUGAGGGUUGACGCGAAGCGCUCCAGAGGCAUUUUCGUGCGAGUGGGUGACUCGGGGCGGAAAGUCCAAAUCCAUUCCGAGAAGCUGCACCGAACCGGGAGCGCUUUGGUGGCUGGCUGGUACUACACGGGCAAAGGUCGUCGUGUGCAAGUGCUUGGCUUCCAGCCCGAGAAGGGCAUGUACGAUGUCUUGCUAGAGAACGGCCAGCCGGCCGUGUGCAAGAGAGAGAAUCUCAGGUCGAGUCCCGCCUCCAACCUCGCGGCCAGCGCGCGCAGCGGAGCCGCAGCCCGGAGCCGCAGCCGCUCGCCGCGCACGCGCACGGCGAGCCGCUCGUCACCCGCGGCCACUGCACGGGGCACUGCAGCGGAGCGGCCGGCGCGGCAAGGCGUGUGCGUGGUGUGCCUGACGCAGCCCGCAGAGAUGGCCGGGCUUUCAUUUGUGCAUUUGCCGGAGCUGUCACCAAAAUCUGCCUUCGAGGCAAUGCCCAAUGUGCCGGAAGGAACAGCUCUUCCGGCAAGUUUACGUUGCGAACGUGGACUGAAGAGGAGCCCCAAGAAGGAUAUCGGUUUAAAGAACUUGGCUGCCUGUGCCCUUCUCAACGAUCAAAGAUCUCAACGUUGCGCAAGGCCUCACUUGAGUUGUUUGGGCACCAGCUCACCUCUCCUCACCAAGAUCUUCCAAUGGCUCAGUCAAGAGAGAAAGGCAGCCAGCAAGAGCAAAGCGGAAGGUGCAGGCGCUGCACGCGGCGACGCGCGCGACGCCCGCGACCCGGGCGGCCGCCGUGUAGCGACAGCCGCGGGCGUGGUGGUGCCGCCGCUACACUUGGGCAGCACAGGUGGCAGUGGGAUGCUUUCCUCCGGGGUGGUGGAGGCAGAGCCCGAAGGCAUUGGCCAUGCCACGAGCGCGACUUCUGUGAUGUCAUCGGGCAGUAGCAGCAGGCGUGGCGGCACGAACGUCGCAUUGGGGGAAAACGGACCUGCCAUGGUUCAGUGGCUGCGCAACCAUCCGUCGCCCCACAUCGGCAGGACAGCCAAAUCACCGAGCUGA